GAGAGUUGGAGCUAACCAUGGCUUUCUUUGCUCCUUUAGUCUUCAUAUCAUUUCCAUCAAAGUAGUAGAGUCCAUCCCAUUCUUUAGCAUCAAAAUCUUCCUCCCUGAGGUUGAAUCCUGAAAAACACAAUUAACAUCAUCACAGAUCACUCGACAUACUUGUCCUUUAGUCACUUUGCUCACAGAUAUAAGGUUGCAAGUAAGAGCAGGAACAAAUAAAACAUUAUGAAUUUCCAGGUUCUCAGAUAGGGCCACAAUGCCAACACCCUCAACUUUAGUAUAUAGUCCAGUUGCUACUUUUACUCUAAGGUUCUCAUGGCAAUAUUUGAGGGUUUUGAAGAGGGACUUAUUACCAGUCAUGUGAUUUGUAGCACCGGAGUCAACAAUCCAUGUCUCAUCAAUAGUUACCAUUGCAUUAAGGGCUAUAAUGGAAUUACCUGACUGAAUCAAGUUCACAUUGGGAACAAAUUUCGAUUUGUUUUGCUUUUCAAGUAUCUUACGAAGCAUUUGAAGUUCUUCUCUAGUCAACCAACCUCCAUCAUCACCUUUUUCUUCAGAGGAAGUGUGGUGGCUCUUUCCAUCUUGCCGUUGUUUCUGUUUCCCUUGGGUUGGUUUUCUAUGUAGCUUCCAGCAUUUAUCUCUAGUAUGACCUCUCUUGUUACAGUGAUUGCACUACUUGUUCCCUUUCUUCUCAAAGCCCUCUGAUGUCUGGAAGCCCCUCGUGACCAAUGCUGAGCCAUCUACUGGAGUUUGGUUACCUUGGGUGAGGUGUCUUCGGCUUUCUUCGAACUUAACCAUGCUGAAGACUUCAAAUAGGGAUGGAAGGGGCUUUAGACCCAUAAUUCUGCCUCUCACUUCUUCAAACACAUCAUUCAGGCCCAAUAGAAAGUCAUAGGUUCGUCCCCUUUCAACGAGUUGUUUGUAGUAAUUAGCAUCAUCCAUAUCCUUCUAAGGAUGUACUUCAAAGAGAUCCAAUUGCUGCCAUAUCUUUGUUAGAGUGUUGUAGUAUUGUGUUACAGUCAAGUUUCCUUGCUUUAGAUCUUUGAGCUGCCUCUUUAGAUCUAAUAAGGCUGCAGUGUUAUCCAAUGUAGAGUAAGUACGCUUAGCAACAUCUCAGAUUUCCUUGGUUGUGUUCGCAAGAAGGUACCCCUCAUUGAUUUUGAGAGUCAUUGAGUUGCACAGCCAAGACAUCACCUGAUUAUUUUCAGCGAACCAGGUGUCAAAGUUUGGAUCAUUAUGUGAAGGUUGUUUUGCUUCUCCAUUGAUAUACUUCUCUUUACGCUUCCCACGUAGAUACCUUAAUACACUUUGGGACCAUUGGAGAUAGUUGUUGCCAUUAAGUUUGUGAGCCACCCCCAUAGUUUGAUGCUCAGUGGUUGUCAAGUCUAACACUGGAUCAGAAUUUUUAGGGGCUAUUACAGAUGAAGAAGUGUCUUGUGUGCCAGACAUGAGGACUGUCGGACUACUGCCUUUGGAGACAGCAAUAUUUCGGACAAACCCAAAAAGAGGUGGAAAUUCCGGUGGAUUCAUCUUUAGGGGACGACGGUGUCUCUGUUUGGCCCUGACGACGACGUGUGAAUUUCACGUGCGGAGGCUGUGAUGGCGUGUGAGCUUCAUGCGUUGCUUUGUUGGACGUCAGCUUCCGUGGAUUGGCCGAUCGGUGGCUUCUGGUGAGGGCUGGAGUGGCGGUGUUGUUCACCUCCCUUCUGUUGAUUCAGAUCUAAGGAUUCACAUUUUGGAUUGCUAUACAGAUCCUCUUGGUUGGAAGGAUAAAAUACAGAAAUCUAGAAAUGUUAGGGAUAUUCCUUGCCAAAGUUCACUUAUUUCCAGUUUUUAUAAAGAUAUGAAGGAUAUGGAAAAAUUGUUUUCUAUAAUCACUGAACUGGGUGGAGGACUAGUUGAAGAGAAGAAAGCCUUCUUUUGCGUUGCCAUAGACUCGCUAAGUGAACUGUUGAGACUCACAACUUCACAAUCCGUCUCGGGUUUCUUAAGCAAUCUGCGGAGCCAUGAUCAAAUUUCGUGUAUAUUUGGGUUAUUGCAUUCUGAUCUCCAUGACGAUAGGGUUGCAGCUGUUCUUGAUUACAUGUCCUCCAUGGUGGCCAAUGUCGAACCAUUUCAUCAUUCCUUGUCUGAACAAAGUUUUAGCAGGGGGAAGUUCAAUGUCAGGUUCAAGCGCAGAAAUGGGCGAGUUAGAGUGACGAGUGAAGAAUUUAAAGUUGACCCUGGAGGAAUUAGCUUUACAUCUAUUCCCUCAGCGGAUGGACUAUCCAUCUCAGGCCUACUGCCGAAGGUGCAAUUCAAUCUUGAUCUGUCUGAGAAGGAGCGAACUGAUAGGGCUAACGUUGUGCUCCCUUUUGAACACCAAGGAAAUGGUAAACCCAUACAAAUAUAUGAUGGUAGAAGAUCGCUUGAAGAUUACAACAUUGAGGCAAAGCACACUUCUGGUAGUAAAAAAGUGGGUUCUGGCACGGGUGAGAUUAUUUAUUAUCGUGAUUCAGAUGAUGAGAUGCCGGAUUCUGACGAAGACCCAGAUGACGAUUUAGAUAUAUGAAUAUCCUUUAUAUUAUCAGAAAAAUGUGGACUUUUAUUGUAAUUUUACUAGGUUUCCUUCAGUAUUUUACUCCCAUUUCUCUGUUUAAUGUAAUAGAGAUGUUUUCGUGUAUUUUUUCGCCCCAACUUUUACCAUCAACAGGGUCAUAGAAUAGGUUAUUUCACUUGUACAUAAGCAGAGUUCAAAAAAAAAAUCGACAGAUGAAGCCAACGUUAUUCGAAAUUGUUCUCAAUAUAUUAUGGAUUGACAUGGAAUCAUAUUU